GUGUGAUCUUGAAACAACUAUAUUGAACGUGUCCUCUUCGCCUUUAUCUUCGCUCUGGAGCUACGCUCUUCUCCUUCUUCUUCGUCUUCAUCUUCUUCAUCCUUGAUCGAUCGAGAUUCAAUUUGCAUCGUUAAUGGCAACAUCUUCUACAAGCACCAAGGGUUUCAUAUGGCCUGCUUCUUCUGCAUAUGUUGCAGAUGCUCAGAGCCUUACUGGAUCCAUAAGGUUGUUGAAUAAAUUGUGGAAUGACGUCGCCGAAUCUCAGAAAUGGCAGGAAGGCGUCUUCUACGCUCUCUGUGCUGGUUAUGCACUCGUGUCUCUCAUUGCUCUGGUAUCGUUUUCGAUUUAUCUUCGAAUCAGUUUGCAGGUACAACUUGUUCGUAUUCAAAUGAGAGUACCGGAAUAUGGCUGGACAACACAAAAAGUCUUCCAUUUGAUGAAUUUUGUGGUCAAUGGAUUAAGGGCUAUUCAAUUCGGAUUCUACUGGAAGGUUUUUCACAUAGAACCAAAAGUCUUAGACAUGAUAUUGUUGGAUCUUCCUGGUCUUUUGUUCUUUUCAACAUACACUUUACUUGUGUUAUUCUGGGCAGAGAUAUACCACCAGGCAAGAAGUCUUCCGACUGACAAACUCAGACCCGCGUACUUUAUCAUAAAUGGAAUUGUGUACUUCAUUCAGAUUUGCAUCUGGAUUUAUAUGAGAUUCAACAAUACUGCUGCUGCUGUGGAACUUGCAGAGCUUUUCUUUUCAUUAAUCUCACUUGCUGCUGCUGUUGGAUUCAUGGUAUAUGGUGGGAGACUGUUUGUCAUGCUUAGGCGCUUUCCAAUCGAAUCUAGAGGCCGCCAAAAGAAGCUGCAUGAGGUGGGAUUUGUGACGGGAAUUUGCUGCACAUGUUUUUUAAUAAGAUGUGUGAUGGUUGCAAUUGCUGCUUUUGACAAGAACGCUGAUAUCCAUGUCUUGAAUCACCCUAUCCUUAAUUUUGCGUACUACAUGAUGGUGGAGAUUUUGCCGUCUGCCCUUGUGCUCUUCAUCCUGCGGAAGCUACCUCCAAGACGAGUAUCGGAUCAAUACCAUCCGAUCAAAUGAUCUCAACAAAGGUUGUUUGACCUUGUCGGAAAAGCCAACACGACGCCCAUGCACACACGUACACACACGCGCACGCUCCUUGUAUAUCCUUCCUUUGUCAUGUGGUGUAAAUGUAGUUCUUUGUUUAUUCUCCUGAGAAUAAAAUGCGCACAUCGGAUCGGAUGUCUUGUCAAUGGCGCGAGUAAUGGAGUAAUGCAUUUGAUGUAUGUUUGUUGUUGGUUCUUGCCCAAGUUAGUGUCACAAAGUGGUUGGAACCAUGUCCAUUGUGUUGGUUUGGGAAAUGACAAACCAAUUGGUCGGAUGUU